AUGCGAACAACAUCACGAUCCGAGGCAGAGAACAGCGUAUUUGGGGCAUGUAUCAAUGAGCACGGAACAUUGCUAGAGUUUUUCACACAAUUUGAAAGUGCGAUUGAAUUGCAGCGUCACAAGCAAGCAAGAUUAGAUGCAGAGUGUGAAUCGUCACUCCCACCCACAAAGACACCAUUGCUGAUUGAGAAGCACGCAACCUCUGUGUACACAAUUACCAUGUUUUAUGAUGUGCAGACGAAGAUAUUCGAAGGUUGUUUUGCAUGCAAAAUCACAAACAAGGAACAAACAGAUGAGAAGUAUGUGUAUACGGUCAAGGAAGGGCACAUGAAAAUUUUCAUGGUGAAAUACGUAAGAGAACAUAUGGAAGUAAAGUGUUCAUGUGGGAAGUUCAACAGGGUUGGGAUUUUGUGUAGGCACGCUUUUGUAGUGCUAAAGGACAAUGACGCUGAGAUGAUUCCAACAAAGUACGUACUUGACAGGUGGAAAAAAAAUUCAUGUAUACAGGAAACAAGCAGUACAGGCAAAGGAGGAAGUGGCAGAUGCAGUAGAGAAGAAGAAAAUAGCAAACUAGCAUCAAAACUGUGUACAGAGUUCUAUAACUACUUGGCACUUUCGAAGGAGAACACAGUAAAGAUGCAAGAAAUGCUGACCUUUAUGAUGGAAAACAAAGAAAAAAUGGUGACUAGGAAUGCAAAGGCACAGGACAAAAGCAAGAGUAGUGAGCUAUUGGAAACAUUUUAUGGGGCACAGACAAGCAGUAUCAUAACAGUCAAGCCACCACAACUGUCAAAAAACAAAGGAAGCGAUAAGCGAUUGAAGAGUGGACGUGAAAAAGCGGUAGAAAAAAAGAAGCAAGACGGACGAAAAUGCCAUUACUGUGGUCAAAAACCAGCACGUCACGACUCUCGUAACUGCCUAUUGAACCCAAAUUCAAAAGAAAAUCUGAAGAACAAGGAGAAAGCAUAG